UUCAUUUGAAAGCCGAAUGAAAGUAGCAGGCAAGAAUCCCACGCAGAAUGGAAAUCUUGAAAUCAUUUAACGACAGCACCACCACCACCAUGACCUGCGCCAUUCUUAUCCGCUCCCGCGAUAAUUAUUCAACUCAUGGAUCCUCCCCAAGAUGACAGGAGCUCCGACGUGAUCCAACGCCUCCCAUCCCUCGCCGCCAUUCUCCGGACUGACGAAAAACUCCAAGAGCCCCACCAGCCACCUCACAGAGCUUCAGUGCAAGCCGCCGUUCAGACCGAGGAGCCAACAACCCUCGACGAUGCCCCGGAUCCCACAACAACACAAGACGACACAGCUUUGGAGAAUGGACUGUCGAAAGGCGCCAUUGUUUACCUCGCAACUGUUUACUCGUGCGUCGCAGUCACGGUUGCCAGUGCGACACUCGGCGUGCUCGCGGACGACUCAUCCGGGGAAGAUGAGAAGAACGAGAUCAAUGCACAAGGAUCGACCGUGUUUGGACUCGUGCUGCUCAUGAUGAUUUACGUGCUGAAGCCGACAACGGUGCUGUUGCCCGUCCGGAUUUCGCUUCUGGCACUCUUUGCGUACUUGGAGGGAAAGACGUUGAAGGACGGGUUGGAAUUGGGGACGAUGAAUGACACCGAGUUUCUCGCCGCGUCUUUAGCAGGAUCUACAGUGGUAUUCGGCGGGGUGUCCCUGGCGGCUCUCGCACACUCUCCGAAUCCGGAUUCAGACACUACUGGAAUCCCAGCGGCAGCACUAAUCCGUAAACUAUCCUACAUCGCCAUAGUCCUCUUAUCCGCGACGCUUCUCGAGUCCUCUAUCCCGGGUUUCAUCGGGCAAUGGGUCUUCGGAGCUGCUCCGUACAUCAGCCUCGUCAUUUCGAGCUCCUUCGUGUUGGUCGAUACACAGAUGCUGAUAGUACGCGCAGUCACGUUCUCGGCCAAGGACCCCGUCAAAGACGCCAUCAUGAUUUUCCUCGACAGCGUCGACGUGUUUCGAAAAACAGCCACUGUUUGCAAGCGGCGGAUGCUGAACGCACGUGCUGCUCAGGCCUUCGUUUCUCCGUACAAUGUGUUCUCUUGGCUCUGGCGUAAAAAUGCGUGAAAUACAAUCUCGCGGAAGAAAUUCUUCCUUGGGUGCACAUAA